UAUUUGAUGAUCAAUGAAUAAUAUUGCAUAUUACUACUCCCUAUAAAUACAGGCCAAAGCUGUCAUAGGGUUUCAUCAAAUUAAACACAAGCAAACGUAAUUAAGAAGACGACAGAUAUAUACAUACAUACAUACAUACACUAGUUUCGAUCUUCGUUCAUGGAUAUACAGAAUAUUCCGUUCAUGAACUUCACCACUCUGGUGGUUGUGUCAUCCUUCAUCUUCUUACUCAUCAAGUUAUGGAAGAAACCAAAAUCCUCGCAAAAGUACGAGAAGUUGCCGCCGAGCCCGCCGAAGCUGCCGGUGAUCGGCCACCUCCACCACCUGGUCGGAGGACUGCCGCACGCCGCCCUCCGGCGAGUCUCCCAGAAGUACGGCCCCGUGCUGCACCUCCAGCUCGGCGAGAUCCCCGCGGUGGUGAUCUCGUCUCGCGACGCCGCGAAGCAGGUCCUGAAGGACCAGGACCCAGGCUGCGCGGGCCGGCCCGAAAGCAUCGGAACUAAGAUCAUGUGGUACGACUACACCGAUAUCGCGUUUAGCCCGUACAACGAGUACUGGAGGCAGAUGCGCAAGAUCUGCAUCCUCGAACUCCUCAGCGCUAAGAACGUCAAAUCGUUCGGAUCAAUCAGGAAGGAGGAGGUCUCGCGCGUGAUCGAAUCACUCCGAUCAUCUGCCCGCGGCGGCGCCGCCGUCAACCUGACGGAGAAGGUGUUCGGGCUGACGAGCGCGAUCACGUGCAGGGCGGCGUUCGGGGAGGUGUUGAAGGACCGGGACUCGUUGAUAUUCUUGCUGAAGAAGGGUGUCACCAUGGCCGGAGGGUUUGAGCUCGCCGAUCUAUUUCCGUCGUCGAAGCUUCUGAAUAUAUUCAGCUGGAACAAGCUCAAGCUGUUGAGGAUGCGUAGACGGCUCGAUUCGAUACUGGACGUAAUCGUGGCGGAGCACAAGUUGAAGCAGAACGGCGAGUUCGGCGGCGAAGACAUUGUCGAUGUUCUGAUCAGGAUGCAGAGGAACGGCGAACUCCAGUUUCCCAUCACUAACGACAAUAUCAAAGCUGUCAUCUUUGAUAUGUUCUCGGCCGGAACUGAAACAUCAUCGACGACAAUGGACUGGGCAAUGGCGGAGCUGAUGAGAAACCCUAGGGUUAUGGCAAAAGUACAGGCAGAAAUAAGAGAGGCGCUAAAGGGGAAGAACACGGUGGAGGAGAGCGAUUUACAGGGGCUGAAAUACCUGAAGCUGGUGGUGAAAGAAACUUUCCGGCUACACCCUCCGAUCCCGUUGCUGCCGAGAGCAUGCAGAGAGGAAGGAGUCAAAGUCAACGGAUACUCAAUCCCUAUCAACUCCAAAGUCAUGGUCAACAUCUGGUCAAUGGGGAGGGACCCACAGUACUGGGACAAACCGGAGAGUUUCGAACCGGAGAGAUUCGAGAACAGUGCGGUGGAUUUUCAGGGGAACAGCUUCGAGUAUCUUCCGUUUGGUGCGGGGAGAAGGAUUUGUCCGGGCAUGAAUUUCGGGCUGGCAAACACUGAGCUCCCAUUGGCUCAGAUUCUGUACCAUUUUGACUGGAGCAUGCCGGAGGGGAUGACACGUGGCGGUAUUGAUAUGACUGAGCAAGAAGGGAUUGCUGUCUCGAGGAAGAAUGGUCUGGUUUUGGUUCCCACGCUCUACAGUCCUUCCAACUGAUGAUCAAAUUAAUUAAGUAAAUUAAAAGUCGUUAAGUAGUUAAUAAAAUCGAAUAAAUAAUGGUGGUGUCAUGAUCAAAGUGUGUUUUUGUUUUAUUAGUUUUUUAUUUUUAUAUCAUGUAAUAAAAAGUUUGAC